AUGAAAUUUUCACCUUUGAAAUUGUUCAGGUUUAGUAGAAACUCAUAUAAACUACCUCUGUCUGAAAAGACAAAAGAGAAGAGGAAAAACAGGGACUUUAGGUUGUUACCAAAAUAUUCGAAGUUUAAAGUUACGAACUUUCGCGAUAAGGUCUCUAAUUUCAACGUGGCAUUAAGCGUGAUUCUACUAUGCAUCUUUAUUGCGAAGACUAUAAGCGUCAAUGUCAGCAUCUAUAAGUACAAUUCGUUUGUACAUGAGGAAGAGACUGAGACAGUCACUUUCGAUACUCAGGUGCUGACAGCACCCGAAUACUAUAACUACGAUUUCCACGAUUACAAUCUGGACACCAUCUCAAAAUACGAUAAAGGUGUGAGACAGUAUCUAUUGGACACCUAUAAGACCGAUGAUGUCAGUCAAUUGAGUGUACAGGCGAAGGAAGCAUACGAUGCAGAAUUGCCUAAAUUGCUCAGUUCCUCUGUGGACAUUUACGACAUGAAAGACUUUUCCGGCACAUCACACGGUGUCUCGUCAAGAGAACAUGUUUUGUUAUGUAUUCCUUUGAGAGAUGCAGAAGAUGUUCUGCCGUUGAUGUUUAAGAAUUUAAUGAACCUUACUUAUCCCCACGAAUUAAUUGAUGUGGCUUUCUUGGUCAGUGACUGUUCUGAAAAUGAUCACACUUUGGAAUCUCUGUUGCAAUAUACGCGUUUUUUACAAAAUGGUACUUUACCUGAUGUAUUUGAAGAAAUGGACAAACUCGACGAAAUGACCGACAAAGUCGUAGAAAACGCUGAUGACUCGAAGUUGUACUUGAAAUACAUGAAGAAAGAAUAUCUACAGAGAGUUAAAGAAGCAUUCAAAUCACCAUUUCAUGAGAAUUAUGAUAAACCAUUCAGAUCAAUACAAAUCUAUAAGAAAGAUUUUGGCCAAACUGUAGGACAGAGUUUCUCGGACAGACACGACGUUAAAGUUCAAGGAAUAAGAAGAAAAUUGAUGGGUAGAGCAAGAAAUUGGUUGAUGACAAAUGCUUUAAAACCAUAUCAUUCUUGGGUUUACUGGAGAGAUGCCGACGUAGAGUUAUGUCCAGGUACUGUUAUUGAAGAUUUGAUGUCGAAAGACUUUGACGUCAUUGUUCCAAAUGUUUGGAGACCACUGCCUGAGUUCAUGAACAGUGAACAACCAUACGAUUUAAACUCUUGGAUGGAAUCAAGGGAAGCUAUAGAUUUAGCGAAAAAAUUACAUGAGGAUGAAGUUAUUGUAGAGGGUUAUGCCGAAUACCCAACUUGGAGAGUUCAUUUGGCAUACCUCAGAGAAAAGGAUGGUGAUCCAAACCAAGUCGUCGAUGUAGAUGGUGUCGGUGGUGUUUCCAUUCUAGCAAGAGCAAGAUUGUUUAGAGCAGGCGUACAUUUCCCUGCAUUCACUUUUGAAAACCAUGCAGAGACUGAAGCUUUUGGUAAAAUGGCCAAGAAAAUGGGAUUUAGAGUUGGCGGUUUACCACAUUAUACACUGUGGCAUAUAUAUGAACCUAGUGAUGAUGAUCUGAUGGCAAUUGCAACUAAAGAAAAAGAACGCACAGCAUAA